AUGAGUUUCAAAGAUUUUUCUUUCGAGUUCAACGGAGAACCAAUUCACUUUUCGAUAACCUCGCAUCCCGACAAAGAUCUUGUGCACUUCAAUUCAACAGGAAGAAUCGGACAAGUAAUCGAAGUUAUUCAGCCACCAGAGAUUCUAUCUAGCCAGCUCUCCGAUCAACAAAGAGUCGAAUACGAGUUGAAGAGCUUGCUGGGAAAUCCUGAAUUGCCCGGCGUUGAGUUAUUCAUUCGUAGAUUUGUGAUCCAUUUCGCAGGAACAAACCAGAGGAAGAGUGCUCUUUUUGUUUUCGGAAUCGAUCUUGAUGGCAUCCCGAACGAAUGCAUUGCAGCCGCUUUGCAAGCCCUCGAAGAGAAUCAUUAG